AUGUCAACUCCAGUUCCCGUCAACCAACAGCCUCUUAGGCUACACAUCCCAGCAACGAUGCUUACAACUUUGACGCAGUGCCAAGGUUCAAACUGCGACCAACUGUUGCUCGUUGGCAACGUUGGUGACGCAUAUAUAGUGCCUGGUGCUGGAGGAAAGGUCAUUGCCCGUAGACUUAGGAAGGUGCUCAUGCUAGCGAAUGGCGAGGGACCUAGGUGCGAUGGUGCGAUAGUUGACUGA